AUGUCUGGACGUGGUAAAGGUGGAAAAGUCAAGGGAAAGGCAAAAUCUCGUUCCAAUCGAGCUGGGCUUCAGUUUCCCGUGGGAAGAAUUCACCGUUUGUUGAGGAAGGGAAAUUAUGCCGAAAGAGUCGGAGCCGGAGCUCCGGUUUAUUUGGCCGCAGUGAUGGAAUAUCUGGCUGCUGAAGUUCUCGAGUUGGCUGGUAACGCUGCUCGUGACAACAAGAAAACUCGUAUCAUUCCGAGACAUUUGCAAUUGGCCAUCAGGAACGACGAAGAAUUAAACAAAUUAUUGUCCGGAGUAACGAUCGCACAAGGUGGUGUACUACCAAACAUCCAAGCAAACAAACGGCCCUUUUCAGGGCCAACAAUUUUAACACGUGUAACAAGUUAUGCUCUAAUUGGCAACGCCACAUUUGAAAACUUAACCUAA